AUGUGCGUGAUUCUCGGAUGCAUGCUGGCACUGAAGUUUCUGGCGCUGGAAGCGCAGGAUUCCCAGUGUCGUCAGGAUUGCGUAAAGCGGCGCUCGCUGCUCCGGGCCGCGCGCUUCAUCCAGGGGAACGUCGACCCGAGCGUCCAGCCCUGUCACGACUUCUACAGCUUCGCUUGCGGCGGGUGGCUCCGGAGACAUGGGAUACCGGAGGACAAACUGAGCUACGGCAUCAUCACCGCCAUCGGAGAACAGAACCAGGAGAAGCUGCAGCGUCUCCUACAGGUGCCGGUCCAGAGGAAAGAGCCGGAUAGUGCCGAGAGAAAGGCAGUUUACAGCACGUCUGUGUUCUUCUCUCUCACCGUCAGCGUGGACGACAAAAACUCGUCACGCAACGCCAUACGGAUUGAUCAGGAGGGUUUGACUCUGCCAGAAAGGACUCUGUAUCUGGGGCAGGAUGAAGACAGUGUGAAGAUUCUGGCGUCCUAUAAGGCGCUGAUGGAAAGGUUGCUGAGCAUGCUGGGAGCUCACAACGCCACGCUGAAAUCCAGAGAGAUUCUGGAUCUGGAGACGAGACUUGCGAAUAUAACUGUGUCUGAAUACGACGACCAAAGAAAAGACAUUAGCAGCAUGUACAACCGAAUAACACUGAAACAACUGCAGAAAAUGGCUCCAAGUUUCCACUGGAAGCGUUUGUUGGACAGGAUCUUCAGUGAUAAUUUCUCUGAGGAAGAGGAGAUCGUAGUUUUGGCCACUGAUUACACGCAGACGUUGUCGGACAUCAUUAAAACCACGUCUAAACGGGUUCUUCAUAACUACAUGUUGUGGCGUAUCGUGGCGGCGCUGAGCGAGCAUCUCUCCACCGCGUUUCGCAGCACGAUUCACGAGUUCUCGCGCGAGAUCGACGGAGGCGAGCGGCAGCUGGAUCUGGAGCGGCUGUGUCUCAAUCAGGCCAACAAACACUUCGGCAUGGCCCUCGGCGCGCUCUUCGUCCAGCAGCACUUCUCCUCCUCCAGCAGAGCCAAGGUGCAGGAGCUGGUGGAGGACAUUAAACACUCGUUAGAUCAGAGACUGCAGGAGCUCGACUGGAUGGAUGAAGAAACCAGAGACGCUGCCCGAGCGAAGCUGCAGCACAUGAUGGUUAUGACCGGUUAUCCUGACUUUCUGUUAAAACCUGAACUUAUCGACGAGGAGUACGGGUUCGAUGUGAACGAGAAAACCUACUUCAAGAACAUCCUGAACAGCAUCAAGUACAACAUCAAACUCUCCGUCAAAAAGAUCCAUAAAGAGGUGGACAAGACGACGUGGCUUCUUCCACCACAGGCUUUAAAUGCGUAUUACCUGCCAAACAAAAACCAGAUGGUUUUUCCUGCAGGAAUUCUCCAGCCGACUCUCUACGAUCCUGAAUUCCCUCAGUCACUGAAUUACGGAGGAAUCGGAGCGAUCAUCGGUCACGAGCUCACACACGGAUACGACGACUGGGGUGGGCAGUACGAUCGCUAUGGCAACCUGAAGCAGUGGUGGACGGAAGAGUCGUACAGGAAGUUUCAGAAGAAGGCGGAGUGUAUCGUCAAACUCUACGACAACUUCACUGUGUACAACCAGAGGGUUAACGGGCAUCUUACGCUGAGUGAGAACAUUGCUGAUCUGGGUGGACUGAAGUUGUCUUAUAAUGCGUAUCAGAAGUGGGUUCGUGAACACGGGCCGGAGCGUCCUCUGCCGGGACUCAAAUACACACACGAGCAGCUCUUCUUCAUCGCGUUCGCUCAGAACUGGUGUAUGAAGAGACGAUCGCAGUCGAUUUACCUGCAGCUGCUGACGGAUAAACACGCACCUGAACAUUACAGGGUGAUUGGCAGCGUGUCUCAGUUCGAGGAGUUCAGUCGCGUGUUUCACUGUCCCAGAGGGUCACCCAUGCAUCCGGUCAACAAAUGCGCCGUCUGGUGA